AUGGGGGCGUGCACAGAUGGUGCAUUUCCGGCCGAUGGCGUGAUCAGGACUCGUCUCCGUGCCACUCAUACGCGCUGCUUACCUCGUGCACGUGACUGCAACGGCGAGCGGCCAGAAAAUCUGCCAUGUCUCAUGUCUGGCGGGCCGAGUGCGCUCUGGAGUGCUUUGAAUGACAUGUACACAUUUCCUGACCGUCCGCGCUUGCUUGCCACCAGUGACUUGUCUUUUGUUUCAGGCGGGCAUGCAGUAACGUCCUCUACACCUUCCCCAAGAGCCACAAUGGCUUCCAUCCAAACAGCUGGCGAGGCAGUGGCCCGCAUUGCCUACCUGUCUUCAGAUGCCAUUGUCGACGUUCGAUCCUCCCUCUCCACCGGCAGCGAGUUCUCGAAACACCUCACUUCAUACGCGAGCAAAGAGGCGUCGAGCAUCAUCUGCAAGGCCACGCCGGAGGUCAUCCCAACACGCCAUAAUGCAGACCCAUUGCUCAGUGUGCAUAGCCUGGUUCGCCAUGGCAAGCUCACGAGCGUUACCACAGACAGUGGCAUACUCGUGAAGAGCAUUCCACACUUAUACAAACUUGCGCAGCACCCAGUCGUGCUCCAUGUAAGCUUGCAGCCAACCGGCUACCCCGACUAUGCCGAUAUUACGAGUGUCCGAAACACUGGCUUCGCCUUCAUCCAGAGUGCAUCGCUGCAGGAGGCACAAGAUUUGGCAUUGACAGCACACGCCUUGGCACUCCGAAGUGGCCGAGGUGUAAUCCACUUCUUCGAUGCAUCGAACAGCGCGCAGGAUAGACCCAUUGCUCCAGAGCAGCGCGAAGUCGUGUCUCAGCUGUUGCCCGUUGAUCUGGCACGGCAAUACCAGGCGCUGAAGAGCGAUGACGCGAACAUAUACGUGAGCGAGGGCCGGACAACACAAAGACCUUCCCCCGGAAUCGAGCUCAACAGCAGCUCAAAUGCCGCCAAUGUGCCAACCACCAACGGCACAUCUGGCGUCACAAGCCCGCGGGAACCUUCAACUGCCUCCAACUCCUCCUCAGAGCGAAAGGGCAGCAGCUCUGGCGUGUCGGAGGCGGAGUCGGCAACAACAGUAGAGUCUGAGCCAAGACCUGUGCAGUCUGAAGAUGUUGACACUAUCUGCAAGAGCAUCUGGUCAGACAUCAAAUCGCAGACUGGGAGACAGUACAGCGCUUUCAACUACACCGGACCCGCGAACGCGACCAAUGUACUUUUCCUUUUUGGCAGCGAUCCAGGUCUUUUCAGCGCGGAAUUCGAUGCUGCUGCUUCCAAGGACUUCUUCUACAACGUUGGCCUAAUAACACCUGUACUGUACAGACCUUGGCUCACAGAGCGCCUGAUAGAAGCGCUGCCAAGGAGCGUCAAGCGGAUUGCCGUUCUUGAGCAAAUCAAGCGCAAGACUACCAAGUGGGGACCAGUCUUUCUUGACCUUCUCAUGUCUCUGAAGUCCAGUUCUGAUGGACCAGCUCCAACUAUCGUUGGCUACCAGUUGGGAUACAUUGAGGGCUCAACUGUGACACAGGCACUUAGCGGCAUUUUCCAGAAUCUCACCGCACAAUCUCCCAUCCAGAACCUCGAAAUCGGCGCACACGAUGGUCCAGAGAGGCAGAAAGAGCUAGCGGCGAAGCAGCCUGCGCUGGAGAACGCAUACAUGAAGAUUCUCGAUCAGCUUUUUGAUCAAAGACUCUACAUUGCAAACGCGCUCAAGUCCAGCAACACCGGCAUCACCGAUCAGAUUCGCGCAAGCCCGGAAUUCGGCUUUGGCUCUUUGAUCGCGAGAAAAGAGCACCGGAAGAGAUUCGUAUCAGAGGUGCAGGCCGCGGCCAAGACUCGAGACUUCACCACAGACGCGCCACAAAAGUGGUUGUCAGACUGGGCACUUGUUGCUGAAGAGAAGGAGAAGGCGAACAAGAUCGCACCAGAAGUUGUGGCCAGACUUUCCAACGAUGGCUCUCCAGCUGCGUACAAGCUACUCAGCUCGAAGGGCCUAUUCUUCAAGGAGUCGCAGUGGCUUGUUGGUAGUGAUGCAUGGGCAUACGAUCUGGGCAACAGCGGUGUUCACCACGUCCUGGCCAGCGGCGAGAAUGUCAACAUGCUCAUUGUCGAUUCCACACCAUACAGCGAGCGUGCUGCAGCCGAUGCUGCUCGGAGAAAGAAGGACAUUGGCCUUUACGCCAUGAACUUCGGCAAUGCGUAUGUUGCAAGCACUGCGGUGUACAGCAGUUAUACGCAGGUGCUGCAAGCCAUGAUGGAAGCCGAGCAGUUCAACGGACCAUCUGUGGUGCUUGCUUACCUGCCCUACGAGUCCGAGAACGACAACCCGAUCAAGGUUCUGCAAGAGACGAAGAAGGCUGUCGAUCUUGGAUACUGGCCACUGUACAGGUGGGAUCCACAGGCUGAGAACCGCAACGAGGAGAAUUUCAAGCUUGACUCAGAGCGUAUCAAGGAAGAGCUGAAGGAGUUCCUGGCAAGAGACAACAAGCUCACCCAGCUGAUGAGGAGACAUCCACAAUUCCACUCGAACCUCUCCGAGUCGUAUGGCUCUGAAGUCCGAAAGGUGCAGAAGAGGAAGGCCAAGGGCGCCUACGAGGCACUUCUCGAGGGUCUUCAAGGCGCUCCGAUGACUGUCCUCUUCGCUUCAGAUGGUGGAAAUGCCGAGAACCUUGCUAAGCGUCUUGCCAACCGCGGUAAGGCCCGUGGCCUCAAGACAUACGCCAUGGCAAUGGACGACUACCCGAUCGAGGAUCUCGGCACCGAAGAGAACGUUGUCUUUAUCUCAUCCACAGCUGGUCAGGGUGAGUUUCCACAGAACGGUCGCAACUUCUGGGAAGCCGUGAAGAACUCUACCGACAUCGACCUGGCUGGCGUCAACUACACUGUUUUUGCGCUCGGUGACUCGCACUACUGGCCGCGCAAGGAGGACAAGCACUACUACAACAAGCCUGGUAAGGAUCUCUACACACGCCUCGCUACGCUCGGAGGAAAGCAGAUCGUCGACUGCGGACUUGGUGACGAUCAAGAUCCAGACGGCUACCAAACUGGCUACCAGGAGUGGGAGCCUAAGCUCUGGGACGCUCUCGGUGUCGGCAAUGUCGAGGGUCUUCCAGAAGAGCCACCGCCAAUGACAAACGAAGACAUCAAGAUUCAGUCCGAGUACCUUCGUGGCACGAUCGUCGAGGGUCUUGAGGAUCCUUCCACUGGGGCUAUCAGUGCAGCGGACCAGCAACUCACCAAGUUCCACGGCACGUACAUGCAAGACGACCGCGACCUUCGUGACGAACGCAAGGCACAAGGUCUCGAGCCUGCCUACAGCUUCAUGAUUCGUUGCCGAUUGCCAGGUGGUGUCGCUACGCCAGACCAAUGGGUACAGAUGGACGACAUUGCACAGAGUCUUGGCAACGAGACUAUGAAGCUGACUACAAGACAAACAUUCCAGUUCCACGGUGUCGUCAAGGACAAGCUCAAGCCAGCCAUGCAAGCCAUCAACCGCGCUCUCAUGACCACAAUUGCUGCCUGCGGUGACGUGAACCGAAACGUGAUGUGCUCAUCACUUCCCGAGGCCAGCAAGCUCCACGGUCAAGCACACGAGGCUGCCAAGAGGAUCUCCGACUGGCUCCUUCCAAGCACUUCCGCAUAUCACGAGAUCUGGCUCAAGGGCAUGGAGGGCGAGAAGGACUACCAGGUCUUCGGUGAAGCCGUCAAGAACUUCAACGGACGCCUAGACGACCCGGAGCCCAUGUACGGCCCAGUCUACCUGCCACGAAAGUUCAAGAUCACGAUUGCUGUCCCACCUCACAACGACACUGAUGUCUACGCUCACGACAUCGGUCUUAUCGCCAUCAAGGACGACAAGGGCGACCUCGCCGGAUUCAACGUUCUUGCUGGUGGUGGUAUGGGUGCGACUCACAACAUGAAGAAGACUUACCCACAAGUCGGUCGCAUGUUCGGGUACGUCGACAAGUCCAAGGUCCACAUUGUCUGCGAGAAGAUUAUGCUCGUACAGCGUGACAACGGAGACCGCAAGAACCGCAAGCAAGCUCGUCUGAAGUACACGAUCGACCGCAUGGGCGUGGAGAACUUCAAGGAUGAGGUCGAGAAGCUUUUGGAGUACAAGUUCGAGGAGCCAAGACCAUUCAAGUUCGCCAGCAACGUGGACACAUUUGGCUGGCUCAAGGACGAAACGGGCAACAACCACUUCACCAUGUUCAUCGAGAAUGGCCGCAUUGAGGACACUGCUGAGUUCCCCAUGAAGACUGGUCUGCGAGCAAUCGCCAAGGCCAACAAGGGUGAAUUCCGUCUCACUGGUAACCAGCAUCUUAUCCUUUCCAACAUCAAGGAUGCCGAUCUUCCUCAGAUGAAGGAGCUAUUAAAGAAGUACAAGCUCGACAACACCAACUUCUCUGGUCUCCGAUUGUCAUCCUCCGCUUGCGUCGCUUUCCCUACCUGUGGUCUCGCCAUGGCAGAGUCUGAGCGUUACCUUCCGGAACUUGUCACCAAGCUCGAGGGUACCCUUGAGGAGAACGGUCUUGGCCGGGAGAGUAUUGUCAUGCGUAUGACUGGUUGCCCUAACGGUUGCGCACGACCAUGGUUGGCUGAGGUCGCUUUCGUCGGCAAGGCGUUUGGUGCUUACAACAUGUACUUGGGUGGUGGCUAUCACGGCAACAGGCUGAACAAGCUGUACCGGUCAUCGAUCAAGGAGGAGGAGAUCCUUGAGAUCAUGAAGCCUCUGCUCAAGAGGUAUGCUUUGGAACGAAAGGAUGGCGAGAGGUUUGGCGAUUUUGUCAUUCGGAUCGGUGUGAUUGUUGCGACGACUGAUGGGCAGAACUUCCACGAUAACACCGCAGAAGUCGAAGAAGAUGACGAGUAG